AUGCCCACAACCCAGCCCCGCUGCUCCCACCUCCUGCUGCUGCUGCUGCUGGCGCGACAGCCACAGGUGCCUGCUGCUCAGGUGAUGGACUUCCUGUUUGAGACGUGGAAGAUCUAUGGGGACCAAUGUACCCACAAUCUGAGCCUGCUGCCACCCCCCACUGAGCUAGUCUGCAACCGGACCUUUGACAAGUACGCCUGCUGGCCAGACACCCCUGUCAACACCACGGCUAACCUCUCCUGCCCCUGGUACCUGCCCUGGUACCACAAAGUACAGCACCGGCUUGUCUUCAAAACAUGUGGGCCAGAUGGGCAGUGGGUGCGGGGACCCCAGGGACAGCCAUGGCGCAAUGCCUCCCAGUGCCAGAUGGACCAGGAUGAGCUGGAGGACCAGAAGGAGGUGGUGAAAAUGUACAGCAGCUUCCAAGUAAUGUACACAGUGGGGUACUGCCUGUCCCUGGGGGCACUGUUCCUGGCCCUGGCCAUCCUGCUGGGCCUCAGCCAGCUGCAUUGCACCCGGAACUACAUCCACAUGAACCUCUUUGCCUCCUUCGUGCUCAAGGCCAGCUCCGUGCUGGCCACAGACGCACUGCUGCAGACCCGCUACAGCCAGAAGGUCGGGGAUGAUCUGAGUGUGAGCAUCUGGCUCAGCGACCAGGCGGUGGCCAGCUGCCGUGUGGCGGUGGUGUUCAUGCAGUAUGGCAUCGUGGCAAACUACUGCUGGCUGCUGGUGGAAGGUCUGUACCUGCACAGCGUGCUCCACCGAGCUGCCUUCCAGGAGGACGGCUUCUUCCCGCUCUACGUGGGCAUUGGCUGGGGCGCCCCCCUGCUCUUUGUUAUCCCCUGGGCCGUGGUCAAGUGUCUGUUUGAAAAUAUCCAGUGCUGGACCAGCAAUGACAACAUGGGCUUCUGGUGGAUCCUGCGGUUCCCUGUCUUCCUGGCCAUCUUGAUCAACUUCCUCAUCUUCAUCCACACGGUGCACAUCCUCCUCUCCAAGCUGCGUGCCCACCAGAUGCACUGCAUAGACUAUAAGUUCCGGCUGGCCAAAUCCACGCUGACCCUUGUCCCCUUGCUGGGUGUCCACGAAGUGGUGUUUGCCUUUGUGACUGAUGAGCACGCCCAAGGUGCACUGCGCUCCACCAAACUCUUCUUCGACCUCUUCUUCAGCUCCAUCCAGGGUCUGCUGGUGGCCGUUCUCUACUGUUUUCUCAACAAGGAGGUCCAGUCAGAGCUCCUGAGGCGCUGGCACCGCUGGCGUGUGGACACAGGCCUGCGGGAGGAACUCCGGCUGGGCAGCCGCUCAGCCCCACCCUCCCAUGGGCCCCCCAGUGAGGAGCGGCUGCUGACGAGCACCUGCAGUGAGGGUCCCCGUCUGGACCCAUCCUUGGAGACCCCCUCAGCCCACAGCCUUCCUGGGCCAGAGAGUCCCUUCUGGAGCCUGGGGACCCCGCUGGGGUAG